AUGGCCCCUCCAUUCACAAUAUCAAUGCCACACCCUCAGCUGUUCGAGCGGCCGCGCAUUACUACUAAUCGAGAGCACAGAAGCAAGCCCCUUCUGUCCCCAGGUCCGGACGAGGUGCUGGUCAACCUAAAAUUCUCCGGACUCUGUCACUCCACCCUUCAUCAGUGGAGAGAUGGUCACGAGGGUACAGGUGUUGUGAUAGCCGCCGGUAACGAGGUGGAGGACAUUAAGAUUGGUGAUCAUGUCGGUAUACAGUGGAUCAAUAGGACCUGUGGUGUCUGCGAUGCAGAUAAACAAUCAGAUUUCGUCUCGUGCCCACACGCUCGAAUGACAGGAUAUUCGGUUGAUGAUACCUUUGGGGAAUAUUGUAUUAGCCAAGCAUGCCAUGUCGUGCGACUCCCUAAACAGUUCCCUCUUGAUAUUGUUGCUCCAAUUAUCUGUGUCGGAACUACGUGCUUCAGAGCGGUAGAGGAGAGUGGUGCACAACCCGGUAGCCUUGUAGCUGUUGCCGGACCGCCAGGUGGACUAACAACAUUGACAUGUCAAUACGCUAAGGCCCGCGGUUGUCGAGUUCUGGCCGUAUCUACAGGAGAUGAUAGUGAGCUUCUAUAUAAGAAGAAGCUUGAUGUGGAGUACUAUAUAGACUACAAUUGCUCAGCCGAUAUCGUGGCUGAAGUCCAGGGUAUAAAUGGCAACGGGCCCGACGCUGCAAUACUGAUAGAAGGAUCAGGAGCACUUCUCAAAGGAGCACUUCAGUAUGUGCAACCUAGAGGAACAGUUGUCGUUGUGGGCUUGCCUCCAGGGUCCCCAGUUGGCAUUGACGUAUGUAAGUUGGUGUCAAGGAUGGCACAGGUCAAGGUUGUGCCUUAUGGCGGAACUCGAGAGCAGAUAGAGGAGGCCAUUCUUGUUUCUACCAAGGAGAGAUUCUACCAACCAUGUCAUGUUUUUGCACUUGACCAGCUUCCUCAAGUUCUCGAAUCUAUGCAGAAUGAGAUACCUGAAGGAACCUCCCCGAAGCCGGCGUUAUAUUAUGGCGGUCAAUUGCUCGGCGAAGCAGUCAUUAAGAUGCCGCAUACAGAAGCAACUCCCAAGCCCCAGACGAUAGCAUAUCCACCAACUUCUCAGUCAACCUUUCAUCAAACAAAUUAUAACAUUGGCACAUUUCUGGGCUACCGGUUGGAGGAGCUAGGUGUCCGCGAUUACUUCGCUGUACCAGGGGAUACUAAUUUCUUCCUCCUUGACAAUUUGCUGAAGAGCCCCAACCUUCGUAUGGUGACAUGCUGCAACGAGCUGAACGCUGGUUAUGCCGCCGAUGGUUAUGCUCGCGUUUCAUCAGCCCGCAUUGCGGUUGUUGUCGUUCCUUACAUUGUAGGCAGCCUAUCCGCUCUCAAUGCUGUAUCAGGCGCCUGUUCGCAAUAUGUCAGAUUGAUUGUACUCUCUGGUUGCCCUGCCACUGGCCUCGUUAAUAGCGACAAAUUUCUGCAUCACGCCCCCACCGCAAAGAAUAAAGAUCAGGCCCUCCAGGCAUUCCAGGGAGUCACAGCUGCAUCUGUCCGUCUAGAAUCAGUUGAGACUGCCCCCGGCGUACUGGAUGAUACGAUAAGCAAAUGCCUAGACUCCAGUUUGCCAGUCUACAUAGAAAUCCCCAAUGAUCUAGCUUCCGCUGCAUGCACUCCGCCGUCGCCACUGAGCAGGAAGGUGAACUUAAAGACCCAACCACACGUCUUAAAGGAGGCUGCAGAAGCAAUUACAGGUAUAUGGAACUCAUCCAAAAGGCCUGUAUUAUUACUUGGAAGCUUAGCAGGUCUAUCUCUCCCUCGUCUUCAUAUUGAACUUCUAGCAGAAAAGCUUGGCUGUGCGGUUCUUUGUCAGCCCGAUGGCCGAUGCAUCGAAGAAUCUCAUCCGCAGUAUUGCGGUCAAUUCUGGGCUGGAAUGACAAACCCGGAAGGUGAGCACAUCGUCAUGAGCUCAGACCUUUGGCUAGUCAUUGGUGGAAAUUGGUCCGAUCUUCAUGUUGUGAUGAGUAGCCAUAAGCAGGAGAACCAUCGCAUGAUUAGCGUGGACAAGGGCUGGGUCGAGCUACCCGAUGGAAAGCAUAUCAAGCCUGUGAAUAUUGGUGCAUUGGUAGCGCAGCUCAUCAUGUCUGGAAUGAAACCUAAGACCGAGUCAAUUCCGCGACCCAAGCCACUUAUUGGUUGUUUGCUUCCCGACGAAACGGAGACACCCGAGACACCCUUGACUUUAAGAAGCAGUAUCAGCGGUAUUCAGGGACUUAUCAAGGGGCAUGACACGUUACUCUGCGACGCAGGAGAGUCAUGGCUCAUCGCUAAUCAUAUUCUUCUUCCCCCUGAAGCCAACUGCCAUCUACAAUUUCCGUAUUGCUCUAUCGGAUGGGCAUUACCUGCUGGAUUUGGUUCCCAACUUGCUCGGACACGGGGUCGAUCAAUCAUCCUUAUUGGUGAUGGAGGAUUUCAGAUGACAGCGCAAGCAGUUAGCAGUAUGAUUCGUCAUAAGGCUAACCCGGUUAUAUUUGUUUUUAACAAUCUUGGCUACCAGAUUGAGGCAAGUCAAACUGCUAUGCAUCAGGGGCCGUAUAAUUACAUUGCCAACUGGGACUAUGUCAAGUUAGCCAGUUCUUUCUCCUCGAAGCCUCACGCUCCGUCUCACAAUCCCUACGCCAGCAAGGAAGAUGAGGAGCGAGAAGGAAGUCCAUCCAUGUUCGCCUUGAAAAUCAAGACUAUCGGAGAUUUCAGGCAAGCACUGAAUAGAGUGGACGAAGAACCGGACAAACUCGCGUUUUUAGAACUCUGCAUCCAACCCAAUGAUGUAACUGACGACCUUAGGCGGCUCGGUAGAAUGAUGGCAGAUCGGAGCGCGGAAGCGUCAAGAAAAUCUCAAAGUCUUGACACCGAAGAGGUGGAUGAGUAG